GAAUAAUUUGGAGUAUAUCAAUUUAAGUGGUAACAACCUCAACAAUACAAUAUUAUCAUCUUUGAGUGAUCUCUCUUCAUUGAAAUCUUUGUAUUUGAAUGAAAUUGGAUUGAACGGAAUUGUUGAUGUUGAAGGUAAGAACAAUAAAAUUCCUCAUGUUCUUAUGAUCAAUUUUUAAUCAAUUCUAUUUUAUUUAUCACUAGGAUUAUAUUCCUUGAAGAACUUAGAGGAACUGGAUAUGAGCAAUAAUAAAAUUGACCAAUUUGUAAACUUCAAAGGUAAAUAAUGAUUUUUGUUUCAUUUCUUGGUAUAUAUUACAUUGAAGAUUGUUGAUUAUAAAUUUAGUUUUUUAACGCUUAGAUUAUGGAGGCUUGAAGAACUUGACUAUCCUUUAUCUAAAUGAUAUGGAAACCAUUAAUGCAACUGCUCUUUUCCUCUCAACAUUGAUGUCAUUCUCCUCCUUGAAGACGCUUUACCUUUCAUAUAAUAAUGCUAUUCAAAUAGAGAUUACUCAAGAGUUCCACAAUGUGACAAUUAGCUUGGAAGAAUUGUUCUUGGAUUAUAAUAAGCUCCAUAUAAACUUUCCAAAUAUUGUUAAAAUCUGUCCUUCACUGAAAUAUUUGUCAAUGAGGUUUUGUGAGUUCAACGGCGUCUCAAAAAUUGAAGAGUUGCAUAAUUUGACCAGCUUGGAAGAACUGUACUUGGAUGGUUCUAAGCUCCCCAGAAGCUUUCUACAAUUUGUUGCACCGUUUACUUCACUGGAAGUUUUGUCAAUGAGCUAUUGUAAGUUCAAUGGCAUCCCGCAAGUUCAAGGUCCCCUUAAUCUAAAAAAUUUGGAAAGUUUGGACAUGGAAUAUACUAUUCUCAACACAAGCUUUUCUAAAAUCUUUAGGCUGGGAACUUCUCUUCAAACAUUAUCAUUGUCUAACUGUGGACUUAGUGGCACGUUGGCCGACCAAGGCUUGUGUGAGCUGAUGGAUUUGGAAGAGUUGGAUAUUGGCUAUAAUGAUUUAAGGGGUGCCUUACCUCCAUGUCUUGCAAAUUUGACAUCACUUCGACAAUUAGAUAUAUCUUUCAAUCAAAUUAUUGGAAACAUCUCCUCAUCUCCUCUUGAUAACCUAGAAUCCAUUGAAGUCCUCCACAUUUCGGAUAAUCUCUUUCAAAUCUCAAUUUCACUCAAUUCAUUUUUUAACCUUUCAAACCUCAAAGAUUUCAAGAGUGAAAAUAACCAAGUUUAUACUGAAACCAUGUCAUAUUCCAUGACCCCAAAAUUCUAAUUAAAUUCCAUCAAUUUAUUUGGUUAUGGAAGUGUUGGCCCUUUUCCAAAAUUUCUUUACCAUCAACAUAACUUACAAUAUGUUGAUCUCUCUCACAUUAACUUGACUGGAGAAUUUCCGUAUUGGCUAUUGUACAACAAUACCCAAUUGAAAUCACUUAGACUAGUUAAUAAUUCUCUUUCAGGGAGUUUCCGGCUAUCAUUUCAAUCUCAUAUGAAUUUAUCAAUACUAGAUAUCUCCUUAAAUUUUUUCCAUGGUCAAAUUCUGAUGAAUAUUGGUGCAAAACUACCAGGGCUAAUGUUGUUAAAGAUGUCUGGAAAUGAUUUCAAUGGUAACAUUCCAUCUUCUCUUGGUAAUAUGAGCUCCUUGCUAGGUUUAGACAUAUCAAACAAUAACUUGUCAGGUGAAAUACCUGAACAGUUAGUCAUAAGUUGCUCAUUACUAGUAGUACUUAUUCUUUCAAAGAAUAAUUUGCAAGGCCAAAUCUUUUCUAAUAAUUUUGGCUUGACAAAGUUACAAAGUUUGCAAUUGGAUGACAACCAUUUUAGAGGAAAGAUUCCAGAAAGUUUGUUAAAUUGCUCUACUUUACAAGUGUUACAUCUCAAUGAUAACAAUCUCUCAGGUAAGAUUCCAAGAUGGUUUGGAAAUCUAUCAUAUUUAAUUGAUAUAGUGAUGUUUAAUAAUCAACUUGAAGGUCUACUUCCAAAGGAACUUUGUCAAUGUCAAAAUCUUGAAAUUUUGGAUCUUUCAGAAAACAAAAUAUUUGGAAGUUUACUACCCUGUCUUAGCCCUUCAAAUAUCAGACAGGUUCAUUUGUCGAGAAAUAGAUUAAGAGGACAAUUAAAAGAUGUUCUUUACUUUAAUAGUUCAACCUUGAAGGUCUUAGAUCUUAGCCAUAACCACUUAGAAGGGAAAAUUCCUAAUUGGAUCGAGAAACUUUCGUCCUUAAGUUACUUUACCUUAAGUAACAAUAAUCUUGAAGGUGAAUUACCUACUCAAUUAUGCAAUUUGAGAAAAUUACGCUUGAUAGAUUUUUCUCAGAACAAUUUUUAUGGUAAAAUUCCUUCUUGCCUAAAUUUUACUGCCCUCUAUGAAGGAAAUGAGAAUGAUGAAAGUUUAAUUUAUGAACUUUCAAAUACCUAUGCGGAUAUACCCUAUUAUGUUAUUGCUGGAUUCUCGGUUGAAGAUGCACCAGUUAUGAUAAGGGAAAAUGAAGAGUCGAUACAGUUCACUACCAAAAGAAUAUCCUAUAGUUACAAAGCAAAAAUGCUCCCAUUUAUGUCUGGAAUUGAUCUUUCAUGUAAUCAAUUAUUUGGUGAAAUUCCUCAUCAAAUUGGAAACCUUACAAUGAUUCAUACUCUUAAUCUUUCUCAUAAUAAUUUGACAGGAUCAAUUCCAAAAACAUUCUCAAACCUUAAACAUAUUGAGAGUUUAGAUCUUUCUUACAAUAAUUUGAAUGGAAAUAUCCCUUCUGAACUAGUAGAGAUAAAUACUUUGUCUGUAUUCUGUGUGGCAUACAAUAAUUUAUCAGGCAAAACACCUGAAAGGACUGGACAAUUUGCAACCUUUGAAGAGAGUAGCUAUGAAGGAAAUAAAUUUCUUUGUGGAUGGCCAUUGAACAAAAGUUGCUAUCCAUUGGAGUCACCAUCAUUGGCACCAAAAGCUUCAUCAAUUAUUAAGGGAGAUGAUAGUGAUUUUGUUGAUAUGGACAUUUUCUAUAUAAGUUUCGUGGUGACCUACAUAGUUGUGCUUAUAGCAUUCGCGACAAUUUUGUAUGUGAAUCCAUAUUGGCGACAGACAUGGUUUUAUCUUGUGGAGAUAUGGAUGCUCUCUUGCUACUACUUUGUUAUUGAUCAUCUCACACUUUUUUGUCGUUGAAUUGUAUUGUAAUAUGUACAUAUGUCAACUUUUUAUA